UUUCCAAGCCCACCUAACAGCUUCUUCUCACUUGGAAAUUGAGAGCACGGCAGACAUUGGAAUGCAAUAGCGAAGGAAUGUCAGGGGCACAACACCCACGUCUGAUCCUCCACCAAUUCCUCUCUCCCCAUGAAUGCAAGGAACUGGAAUUUAUCCACAAGAGCUGUAGCACAGUGGGUUACAGACCCAACGUCUUCUCUACAACUCUAACCCAUCUUAUUGCUACCAAUUCUGCUCACCUCCUCAUGCCCUUUGUUCCCAUCAGAGAGAGGUUGAAGGAGAAGGUGGAGGAGUUUUUUGGGUGUGAAUAUGAACUUUUCGUUGAAUUUACAGGUUUGAUCAGCUGGACUAAAGGAGCAAGCAUCGGGUGGCAUAGUGAUGAUAACAGGCCCUAUCUCAAACAACGUGAUUUUGCGGCAGUUUGUUAUUUGAACAGCUACAAUAACGAUUUCAAAGGUGGACUUUUUCACUUCCAGGAUGGGGAACCAACAACUGUUGUGCCCUUGGGCGGAGAUGUUGUGAUAUACACAGCUGACAGCCGCAACAUUCAUUCUGUUGAUGAGAUUAGUGAUGGGGAAAGACUUACGCUUACAUUAUGGUUCAGUCGUGAUAGUUCACAUGAUGAGGAUGCUAAACUUAUUAACCUUCUCUCAGAGAACCUAUUACAUAAUAAUGUUCCUUAUUCAUGUCUCCCUUUGCCUGCAUCCACUAAUAUGUACUGGUUUUCACUGGACCAAGCUUCUAAUGAACAGUUGGGUUUUGAUAUAUGCUGGGCUAGAAUGCAUGUACUUGGAUUUGACAUGCUAUAUUCUCAAGACAAGAGCUGUCAUCCUAAUAAAUCGGAGUUACUAAUGGAGCCUCUCCGGUUAGCAAGAGGAGAUAAGUUGUUUGACCAGGAAUUUGUUAACAUCUUGCAUGCCCUUCAGGUUGUGCAACACUACUGGUGGAGAGCCUCUGAACUACAAACUGCCAGAGUCAAAAUGGAAAGCAGCAGGGUGGUAGAGUUAACGCAAUUGCAGCAUGCCAGAAUUAGUAGCCUUAAAUCUUUAUUUUUGAGGGAUCAACAUCUAGUAGAGAAGGUUUUCAGUCGUGUUACAUGCAAAAGUGAUCAGCAAAACUUUGACUGGGCAGAUUUUGCUACUUCUAUAUCCGUUUGGGAAGAUUAUGUAAGCCAGUUGCAUAAAGAAAUACUGAUGAGCUUACCGGACUGGAAAGCUCUACAAUCCAUAUUCAGAAUUUCAUUUGAUGCAAAGUAAUUGGUACGUUCAUGAGUUCAUCUUGAGGUUGCCAAUAAAAGAAAUAUUUUGAAUUUUUUCUUUAA